AGAAGAAAAUUUAGAGCUAAAUUGAACUGAAAAUAAACGUAUUAGAACAGACCGUAAGUAAUUUUUGUGGGGCGAAAGCAUUGAAAAAGAGGAAAAAAAAAACCGUCCUAGUAGUAAUUCAUCUUUCUGCUAAUUACACUUGACCAUCAAAAAUUCAAAAUUAAAACUUGUUCUUCAAGCGGAAUGGAAGAAAGCGGAAUUGUUGAUGAUUCGUCCACAUAUUUCCAUACCCAAAUUAUGACUCACAAGAAAGCCGGUGACCGAAAGAGAGGUUGGAGAGAUGGAUGCCAGAUUGUUGGUUCAACCCAAACCCUCAAAGUACAAGCAGAGAACAGAAGUAUACUAUUGAAUGCUGAAAAUCAUCUUCAGAAGAUCAUUCAGAAAUGUGAAAGGCAUCAGUCGUUGCUUGAAUCUGGGAAACAAGAGCUUGAGAAACUCCGACAAGAGUCAAAGAAGCAUUUAGCUCAAUGUGCAAGUGUAAGAGAAAAGCUUUCAGCGGAAAACAGAAAGAAAUCCGAGGAUCGUAGCUCUUAUCCUGAAGUUCCUCAAAAAGUGAAACGAGAGGUUGAUGAGACCCUGAUGAAGCUGGCAGAAAAGCAGAAGUUGGAGCUGGAAAAUCUUCACAAGAGAAUACUGUACCUCCAAAACCAGCUGAAUGGUAGACAAGGACUCGAGCUAAAACUUGAGACAUUGAAAAGCUUUGAAGCUGAUUGCGAGCAAUUUCUAGGAAUGAGAAAAGAUUUUCAAGAGAAGAAAGAACAAGUAGAUGAUUUAGAAAACCUUGCAACAGUUCUACUCGUGAAUGAACAAAGGGCUAAGGGUGAACUGCAUGAAGCUCGUGGAGCAUUGAUGAAUGGGUUGAUAGAUUUUCCAAAUCCUACCAUUGGCGUUAAGAAACUAGGGGAGCUUGAUUCUUUGUGUUUCUUGAAAGCUUGCAAGCGAAAAUAUCCCAUCGAAAUAGCAGAAAUUAAAGCUGUAGAAUUAUGCUCUUUGUGGGAAUCAAAUCUUCAAGAUUUUUCUGAUUGGCAUCCCUUUAAGGCCAUUCUCUGUGAUGGAGUAAUAAUAAAGGAAGACAUAGAUAUGGAGGACGAAAGGUUGAAAAAUCUUAAAGACGAGUGGGGAGAAGACUUGUGUUAUACCGUGACAAAUACACUGAGGGAGCUUAUUGAGUAUAAUCCCAAUGGGAGGCUUCCUGUUAAAGAACUGUGGAACUACGAGUUUAAUAGGAAGGCUUCAUUGAGAGAAGGGGCUGAAUUUUUGUUGCAGAAGUGGAGGACCCUCAAACGAAGAAAAAGAUAGACGGGUUGAAGGUUUGCCUUUGCUUCAAUCUUGGCUGUGUACAGGUAGAAUCUACUGCAAGGAAUGCAGAUUAUAUUAGCUCUAAUUCAACUUGUGCUUUGUCCAAUGUAUAUGGAUCAUUUGCUAACUAUUGUUAUCAAAGCUAUUGGACGUCAAUGGUAUUGGAGUGCACGUCUUUGUAAAUCUUUCGAAGAAAAACUCCAAUCACAAGGAAUGGGCAACCCAAAAUGGCUUAGUCCUUAUGAUAUCACUGUAUGUCACUUCAUCCUAGCAUGAUUUUUUGUUCUUUGAUAACACUCAAAAUUAUGUAUAUACUUCAACAUAUUUUUGCUCUUGUGUGAAAAUUAGCGAUUUCAUGUCACGUAUCAUAUCAUUCUAGAUAAGUAUACGACGUAUUUGCUUAUGGUAAGGU